GGUCCGGCAGUCGGCGCCUGUCAGCUCUCGCAGGCAGCUUCUGCCGCCGCCGCCGCGGGAUGCUGCCGUCCCGCUAUGUUUGGCCCCGGCGGUUCUGAUCCCUGACUAAAGAUGGCGCUGGGCUCGGCCGCGCUGCCCGCUCGGAACAUGGCGGGGGGCGGGCGGGGGGCGCGGGUCCUGCUGCUGCUGCUCCUCAGCGGCUGCUUGGGCGAGCAGCCCCCGGCCGUCGCCGCCGCCGCCGGCGUCCCCUCCUCCUCCUCCUCGGCCGGGGGCGGCGGGGCGCCGGGCGACGCGGAGGAGACGGUGAUCAUCGGGCUGCGGCUGGAGGACACGGACGACGUCUCCUUCAUGGAGGGGGGCGCGCUGCGGGUGAGCGAGCGGACGCGGGUCAAGCUGCGGGUCUACGGGCAGAACAUCAACAACGAGACCUGGUCCCGCAUCGCCUUCACCGAGCACGAGCGGCGGCGGGGCGGGCGGCCGCCGGCCGAGCAGGAGGACGGGCCGCCGGAGAGCAGCUCCCCGCAGCGCUGCGGCAUCCGCACCUCGGACAUCAUCAUCCUGCCGCACAUCGUGCUCAACCGCCGCACCUCGGGCAUCAUCGAGAUCGAGAUCAAGCCCCUGCGCAAGACCGAGAAGAGCAAGUCCUACUACCUGUGCACCUCGGUGUCGGGCCCGGCCGCGCUGGGGGCCGCCGGCCCCCCCGGGGGCGGGCUGGUCGGGGCCGACGGCCCCGCCGGCCCCCCGCCCUGGACCGAGACCACCUGGAUCUACCACGAUGGCGAGGACACGAAGAUGAUCGUGGGCGAGGAGAAGAAGUUCCUGCUGCCCUUCUGGCUGCAGGUGAUCUUCAUCUCCCUGCUCCUCUGCCUCUCGGGCAUGUUCAGCGGCCUCAACCUGGGCCUCAUGGCCCUGGACCCCAUGGAGCUGCGCAUCGUGCAGAACUGUGGCACGGACAAGGAGAAGAACUACGCCAAGCGCAUCGAGCCGGUGCGCCGCCAGGGCAACUACCUGCUGUGCUCCCUGCUGCUGGGCAACGUGCUGGUCAACACCACCCUCACCAUCCUACUGGAUGACAUCGCUGGCUCCGGGCUGGUGGCCGUGGUGGUCUCCACCAUCGGCAUCGUCAUCUUCGGCGAGAUUGUGCCACAGGCCAUCUGCUCCCGUCAUGGCUUGGCUGUGGGUGCCAACACCAUCUUCCUCACCAAGUUCUUCAUGAUGAUGACCUUUCCGGCCUCCUACCCUGUCAGCAAGCUGCUGGACUGUGUGCUGGGCCAGGAGAUCGGCACUGUCUACAACCGUGAGAAGCUGCUUGAGAUGCUGCGGGUCACCGACCCUUACAACGAUCUGGUCAAGGAGGAGCUCAACAUCAUCCAAGGGGCGCUGGAGCUGCGUACCAAGACAGUGGAGGAUGUGAUGACCCCACUCCGAGAUUGCUUCAUGAUUGCCGCCGAGGCUGUUCUGGACUUCAACACUAUGUCUGAGAUCAUGGAGAGUGGCUACACCCGCAUCCCUGUCUUUGAGGGCGACCGCUCCAACAUUGUGGACCUGCUCUUCGUCAAGGACCUGGCCUUUGUGGACCCAGAUGACUGCACCCCGCUCAAGACCAUCACUCGCUUCUACAACCACCCGCUGCACUUUGUCUUCAAUGACACCAAGCUUGAUGCCAUGCUGGAGGAGUUCAAGAAAGGCAAAUCUCAUCUGGCAAUAGUACAGCGAGUCAACAAUGAAGGGGAAGGGGACCCUUUUUAUGAAGUCCUGGGAAUUGUCACGUUAGAAGAUGUGAUUGAAGAAAUCAUCAAGUCUGAGAUUCUAGAUGAAACUGAUUUGUACACUGAUAACAAGACAAAAAAGAAAGUAGCACAUCGGGACAGGAAGCAGGACUUCUCUGCCUUCAAACAGACAGACAGUGAGAUGAAGGUUAAAAUAUCACCACAACUCCUCCUGGCAAUGCACCGUUUCCUGGCAACAGAAGUAGAAGCAUUUGGCCCAUCCCAGAUGUCAGAGAAGAUCCUCCUAAGGCUGCUAAAACAUCCCCAUGUCAUCCAGGAGCUGAAAUACGAUGAGAAGAACAAGAAAGCCCCAGAAUACUACCUCUACCAGAGAAACAAGCCUGUCGACUACUUUGUUCUCAUUUUACAGGGGAAAGUGGAAGUGGAGGCUGGGAAAGAGGGAAUGAAGUUUGAAGCUGGUGCUUUUUCCUAUUAUGGGGUGAUGGCCCUCACAGCAUCGCCAGUUCCCUUGUCCCUGUCUCGUACCUUUGUUGUCAGCAGAACAGAAUUAUUAGCAGCAGGUUCUCCAGCUGAAAACAAGUCACCCCCUCGUCCUUGUGGCUUGAAUCAUUCGGACUCUCUAAAUCGAGGUGAUCGCAUUGAAGCAGUGACACCAACGUUGGGGAGCAGCAACAAUCAGCUGAAUGCAUCUUUUCUUCAGGUGUACGUCCCAGACUAUUCAGUGAAAGCACUCUCAGAUAUUCAGUUUGUCAAGAUCUCAAGACAGCAGUACCAAAAUGCCCUGAUGGCAUCCCGGAUGGACAAGACACCUCAGUCCUCGGACAGUGAAAACACUAAAAUCGAACUGACUCUUACGGAGCUACAUGAUGGUUUGCCGGAUGAGACGGCAAACCUGCUGAAUGAACAGAACUGCGUGACACACAACAAAUCCAAUCACAGUAUGCACAGCGAAGGCUCCAUCUAGGAGCUAACAAUCUGCAUCCUUUCCCACCCAUCACUUCAGCAGGACCAGUCCUUGCUCCUUCUUGACUGCAAACGCCCUUAGUAUGUGCUUGCAAUGCUGUGCUGCAUCCAGUGUUCUGAGACCAAAGACUUAGCGCCCUUCCUGGGAACAGAAGAGGAAGAAACGAGAACACAGCAAGACAAAAACCAAACAAACCUUGGGCAUGUUGAGUGCCCCUUGGAGAACGAUGGAAUUCUUCCUCGCAAAGUAGAAUCGUGUUUAUUUUUUCAGCCGUAUCUUUGAUCCUCAUUGGUUUUCCCUCCUUCCUAGAUGCGCGCAGAGAAGUUUUUAAAACUGCUCUGAUUAUUUUUUCAAGAGAGAUCAUGUUUUUAAAAAGAAUUUUGCAAAGUUUUAAAUUGUUGCUGUCCCUCCCCUUCCCCAAAUAGGCUCUGUUGUGACUUUGUGAAUCAGCUCCAGUGUCAUAGACCUGUUUCCACCCCUCCUUUUGGUCCUGUCUGUUGCCCUGUUAAAACAGCAACUGGUACCCAUAUGUAUAUGUGUCCUGAGAACAAAGAAUGGAUGAGAUUUCAAGGAACUUGGGGCUUAGCAGUAUGGAAGUUUGGGGGAAUGGGCAUUAUUUUCUCCCCAGUUGAGUUUCAGGGAAGGGGUGGUUAUUUUGGUUGCAUGCGUUCAUAAUAUCUGAAAUUUCAGACGGUUCCUUGUAAAACAAACAAAAAGAUUGUUACAUUUACAGUUUUGUAACCUCCACAGAUGUUGUGUGUUUUGAAUAUGAAGGUGGGUUUUUAAUCGACAUAACUGCAGUCUCAUCAAAUUACAGACCGGGAUAAAUUUCCCUAGUAGUGUACUGGGCAAUUUUUGUCCCCCUGGGAUUUGCAUUAAUGUUACUGGGAAUCACAUGAUCAAUUUCCCUGUCUCCCCUGCUGUACUGAAAGCGUGCACCCCAAAAUGUCCAAUCUCAGAUUCUAACAUACUGAAGUAAUCUGAGUGCCCUUCUCUUUACCCAAAGCAUAUUUGCAGGACAUAUUAAAUAACUGGGAUAGAAUUCAGGACGAACCAUUCCCCCAGAAUUGUUGUUUGUGUUAAGACAAAAGAUGCUGCUACAACAAUGUCCAAAGCAAAUCCUCCAGGUGGAUCCUAAACCUUUGCCAUUGCAAGAUGGAUUUCAUGGUGGAGUCAGGACCUUCCUGAUCUCCCCAAAGACUGACCAAGAACUUCCACUACAAGCUUGAUCUGUGGAGGGAGUUCGAGGGAGCAUAUUGCACUUCAGGGAUUGGAGAGGUUAGUCUCCAGGCAAUUCCCCUAUUUCUGAGGAGCUGCUGGAUUUCCUUCCCUCUUCCCUUUUAUCUAUUGUUCUUCUAGCUGUCCACAGUAGCGUCCUCCAUGACUGCCAUCAGUGCCACUCCACCUGCCCAUCCCGGAGCCUGGCCUCAGAGUGGAGGGGAAACGCGUUCAUUGGGAGUUCACUGUGUUGUAUAUUGUAAACCCCCAAAAUGCAGAGUCUGUCAGUGAACAAAUGCUGCAUGGUGGUUUCUCUGUUGACUUUCAGUCUGCACUGCUCCAAGAACGUCCCGUGGCCUGAUUGUCAUGGACCAUUUUCUUUCUUUACGCUCACGUAAGCUUUACCGGACUCUGAGCUUAAAAGCAAAGCCCAGUUGUGGAAUCCUUGGUGUCAGUGCUGCCUCCCCCGUCCCUUAGUCCAGGUGGGAAGCGCCUUCUCUGUGGUUACGAGACAAGUUACGUCUGUGCAAACACGUUCUGAAAAGGUGCAAUAUUUCACUGCAGCAACUCCUUGCGGGAAGCCAGAGUAUGUUGCUGCUACAUGGGAGUCUGUCCCAUUUGCUUUAGGCCUUAAGAAGAAUUUUGCUGUUUACUCUGAGAAGGGACCACAGACGGGUCCUCUGUGCCCCUCAAGGAGAGAUGGCAUGGGGAGAGGCAGUUCCUGGCCCCUUUCACAGCAGGCACUCCAGCCCUUUUGAGGACAGUUAAUAAAGUCCCCCACGGGGGCAUGGUAGUUCCAUACAUGGUAUUUAACAUGUGGAAUCGUCAGACUGGGAAAUUCGGCCCUGAAACUUAACUCCCUCAUUUUUUAACCUUGUACUUUAAAAAAAUGCUCCUGCUUUUUCCUUUUAAACUGUGUGCCUGUUGUUUCCUUCAGCAUUUUCUGGCCCACCCGUUGGCUCUGGUACAGCGCUGCGAGAGAACUGCAGCCACCUGUGGACGUAUGUGCCACAUGUGCCUCGGAUGGAGCUGGCAACUCACAGGUUAUUUACAGCACCUGAUUGUCUAGCCCCAGCAGCCCCCCAUUUAGCUGUCUCAAGGAGGACUGCCAACGUUGCACCUUUUCUGCCAGAGCAGAGUGAUGAAAUGUUAUGACCUUAAUCCCCAUAGAGGGAGUGAUCUGUUUCCUUGCUCUCGUCCCUUUUAUUUAAGCUGCCUUUGUGCCCUAAUGUUCCUACUUGUGAACCAUUGUUGAAAGCGAUGCAGAGCCUGGUAACCCUGGGAUGCGGUAUGCCUCGUCUCAAACCUGCUGGAAAUUCUCUGCCGGGGAGAUUUCUAAUUUGAUUGGAUUUCUGGCUUUCAUGCUGUGUUGUGGCUUUUUUGAAAAUAUUUGUUCCUCUGUAACACAAACCACAAAAGCCAUGUCAUCCCAAAGGCGAGUAACUCCUGUCUCUGUCCGUGGGUUGCCAGUCCAAACUCUCCAGGCUGGUUUUACAUAACUUUUCUCGUCACUCUUCCAAAUUUGGUAAGAGAAGGUGAAGAAACUUUCAUAAAGCUAGUUGGUCACAGGUGUGAUUUUUAUGGAAAACGGACAUCCUCUCUAGGGGGACAGGAGCUCCCACGAAUUGGCUUCAGGGACAAGGCAUGCUGUCUUUUCAUAGACUGGCUUCCUUGAAAAAAUCCAGUCUCUCUGCUGUAAGAGUACAUGGGGCUGUUGAAAUGCGAAGCAGAACACAGUAGAGAUGGGCUUCCGAGGGAAAUGGCUAGCAGGCCGUGUGGCAGGUACCAAUGCAAGCAGAGGGAAGACAAGCCCAACUCAAGAACCAGUCUUAGUUUUUGAACCCGUGUUUGCAGAAAUGGUGUUCUGUCUAUUACUGCUGCAGUGGAAAUCCCCAGGCUUCCAAGAGCUCCUCCUGUGCCGUAAGCGUCUACCCAGCGCAGACAUAGCAUUGUGUGAGUCUCCGCUUGGCUGUCCAAAUUCAGGGGUGCUCAGGUUCUGGAUGCUGCGGUACAGUGCCAUGCACACCCAAAGCAGAGCUGUCAAUCAGUCACUGUCAUGAAACAAGGCACCAGCUGAAAGCUUUGGGAACCAUUGGACUUGAUUUCAGUCCUUGUCCUUUUGCAAGGCUUUGAUUUGUAGAAAGGAUACGGUAUCUUUCAACAUUGGCUCCUGUGGCCUGUAUUGUUUCCCUCUUCCACCUGCAUCGAAGUGCAACACGAAGUGCAGAAUCCAGCCUGUUAGCUGGUGGUCUCUGGGAGGCAGGAAGGCAUGCCACCAGUUUCUUAUGUCAAUACAGUUUUUGCACAAAAGUUCUUUGAAGUGAGGUUUUCCACACUAAUAUCUUAAAUGCACAACUGUGAAUUAAUUUUUACACUCCUGUUGGUUGAAUCCUGUUUGAGUGAAAUGAACCUGAAUCUGUUGUAACCAUGAUUUUUAAUUCUGUGUAUUGCCAAAUCUUUGUAAAGAGGAAAGGAAUAUUCUUGCUUUAUAAUGAGAAUCUCUCGCUCCAAACAAGGCUGACUCUGGUGACGUGGAGAUCAUAUGAAGCACAUGAGCUCUGAGUGUGGAGGUGGAUUUAGCAUAUAACCUUUCCCUUCUGCAGACCCUAAUCACAGGUGAGAGUUUGCAGGGCCCUCAUCUGCUACUUGUCUGUUCCAAAAUCCCUGCACAGUGGGAAGCCUUUCCCCAAGGAUUACUUGGGACUGGAUUAUAGCAGAGAAUGAAGGCCAGGAUUGAGGUACAUUGGCAGAGGUGUGGGAUAGGCCAGGAUUGGCAUAGCCAGUGCAGCCUGGGAUUGAUGUGCGUUGUCAAAGCUGAGUGGGGGACCCAGGAUUGCAUAGCAGGAGGUGCUAUAGAUCAGGGUUGAGAUGCAUCAGUAGAGCUCGAAGGGGCAGGCUUAUACAAUACUUCCCUGCCUUGGUUGUUGCUUUCAUUCCCAUACAAUUCUCUCUCCAACUUCUCCCAGACCAUUUUAUGUCACUGUUCCUAUACUGAGCUCCGUGUGGUGUCCUGUAUUGUUUCCAUAUGUAGCAGUCAAAGUCUAACCUGGCGCCAGAUUUAGCAGUGUGGUGGUAAUGCCAUACACACACACUUCCUCCUGACUCAUAUUCCUGUUAAUAUUCCCUUGGCGUUCACCUCUCCUGGGGAGAAAGAUGACUGGGGAGAAGGCAUGUGGGGAGGGGAAAAAGUGAGUGGCACCUGGGAGACCCCCUAAUAUCUCCCCAUUGCUGCUCCUAACCCCUCAAUGGGCAGGCAUUUAAACAGGCUGGGAUUUGGCCUUGGAGGAGGUGAUGCAGGGAGCUGCUGCUGUGUUCUGUUUGAAAGCGGCUCAAAGGAAAAUGGAGUGGCUGAUGGGACAGCACCAAUGCUCCGCCCCCUUUGGGUGCAGUGGUGCUUCACGUGAUCUCUGUGGAGCUCCGCCGCAAGGGAGUUGUUUGUGAGUGGCAGAGGGCAGCAUUGUCUUCUCGCUAGCAUCCCAGGUAAGGAUGACAGAGGGGGUGACCAAGUUCUCCAGGACCUGCUGGGAAAUGCAUCUUCCUCGUACUGAUAUAGAAUAGACACACAAAUCAUUCCCAUGUGAUAUAUGUACCAUAUGUGAUAGGAUAUUGAAUACACAAAUCAUUGGUUUAAAACUAGUACCUGUGUACCAGUUGUUACGUUAUCCAGUGUCUGGAUUAGUUUAGAACUAGCAAACUUGGGGAGGGGUGGGUGUUACCAUUACAGUAUCUUUGUUAACAUUAUAACUUGAGACUUUAUACUGAAGGUGUCUGACUGGCAUUAAUAUGUUAUAUAGAAAUGUGUAUAUUGUAGACUUUGAUGCCAUACCCGGGGUAUGCUCAAUAGCACUGUGUGAAACAGACCUUGGACUUGCUGUACCUCAUGCUGCUUUGGCUUUGUGCGUGGUGGUCUUUUUUUAGGCUGUCCAUCGUGUGGCUUCAAAAGGAUCUAAAGACGUACUUGACCCUUGGAUUGAAAGAACAAUAGGGGGUUGGCCUCUUCUGACAGGGAAAUAAUCAUCUUGAUGAGGGAUGCCAAAGGCCAGGUGGUUUAUCCUGGCUGAAUUAUUGCAGAAAGUAACCCUCAUCCUGGUUCUGACUAGGGGGCAAAGCGAGCACGUGUGUGGGAGAUCUUAAAUGAGUAACUAGCGGAACUGCUAUGCUGUGUGUCUGCGCGUUAGUCCCAGUGCACCUCCCUGUGUGGUCUCUCUGGGGAGAGUUGCUUCUGAAGUGUUGCUACCCCAACGGCACACUGACAUGAUGCGGCAGCUCACAUAUAGCAAGUGAGGACUGGCGUUGAGGAGCCUAAUAGCAAUACAUAGGCUUGCCUCAUUUACUACCACCACCCCCAAAUUAUUAUCAAGGUUUCGCCUCGUUGUCCUGCUCUGCCCCUCUCCUCCAAAGGCCACUCUUCGUGUUCUGUUUAAUCUCUCCACCUGUUGCUUCCCUACAGUGCUAGCUGCCCACCCCAUGAGGGCAUGUUCAGCACGAGGCGCAUUAUGGCAAUGGUACUUCCCUCUCCUAAAUAGCACAGGUUAGAUUUUCAGUUUGGAUUUCAUGUGUUUAUUGCUUUUCUACAUUAACACCUGGGAAACUGGGUUAGGGGUGGCUAGAGCAUAUCUUAGGAGAGAAGGGGGAAGACCUCGGUAAUGCCGGAAAUCCCAGCUUCUUUCCUCCUGACCUGGGGAAGGUGAAUUGUAGGAGGCAUGGAAAUAAAAUGAUGCAGUCAGCCUCUUGCCCAGUGAAGAAGCCUGGUUUGAGAUGUUUAAUUGUCGUUAGCACUGACUUCUGGCGCAGGUGUGAGACACAUUAGACAUCGUCUGAACACCUAGUUUCCGUGAGUCACAUGGAGCCCUCUCUUCCGUCCUACCCACCCCCAUUCACAUGCUGCUUUAAAGUCUCACCUAUGGAUGGGAUCAAACCCUUAAAAACCUACAGUGUGUGUAUAUUAGUGGAUUAAAUUCCAUUGCCUGGUUUUGUUCUUGUCAUAUCUUCAUCUGCAAGCCAAGAUGACUGUUAAUUAGUCAUGUUUGCGUCCCUCAAGUCUGAUUCCAUUAUAAUAUUUCUUCACAUUGAGAUAAGAUUCUUGGGAUUUCUGACUCACCUUCCCUACCCCGAACCUAUUGUUCGUGAUUUCUCCUGAGACUUCUACCUUUGAACAGGGCUGGCGGCUGGAAUCCUGCAGAGUAAAGUGCCUUCCCAGCUGCCGUGAAAAUGCUAUUAAGAAAAUCUAAUUCCAUUUUAGACACGUGCUUGCUGUUGAGUCAAUCUUUUUCCUCUUCUCUAAAGAAUGAUUUGGAGGGUUAUGAAGAGAACCUGUCUGUUGCAGAGUGGUGGUUGAGAUUUUAUAGACACUAGUAAUGGAAAGUCAGAGCCAUAACAUCAGCAACAGCAAAGAGUCUACGUGAACGAAAUCUGAGAUUGUAAGCAGCUGUGACACUCAAGAAGUUACUGGGAUGUGCUGGUAUCUCUAGAGGUCUGCGUCCUUUGUGAGGCAGUGUUUGGACAUAGGGCAAGUGGAGUCUGGUUGAUGAGCAGCAUUUGGUUGAUUUGCUCCUCUUGGAGCAAAAAUUUGGUUUCUUCUGUGCUGCAGAUCUCAAGUGCCCCAUUCUGUGCAGAAGUGUGUCGGCACGCGAGGCACGUUCUGAAUCUGGAGUGAGUGCAGAACCCAGGUAGAUGGGUAACCAGGUAACCUGGGUUUUACACCUGUCACUGAAAGUGUAGAUACUUGCAUUAAUGCCUUCUGGGCCCAUCCAUAGGUUAGUGCCUCCAUCACUAAGAAGUUAAUUAGGUUUGUGAGCCUGUGUUCACAAAGGCAACAGACAUGUGGUAGCUCGAUAAUCUCCAACACAGUUCCUAGUUGCUAGGGUCCAUGUUCCAUGGUUGGGCUGGGAAGUUUUUCGUUGCUGGAGUCUCGCUUAGCUAAUGCAUUCUGUCAUUCUGGAUAAUAGUCUCUUGGUACGUGGAUGCAACAUUCUGACACUGCUGUUGCUCUGACUGUGUCUAGUUCCCUGCCAUCCUCCCACUGCUUUGGUUGAGUUAGGGGGAAGGAGAAGAAACGCUGCACAUCUAGCCACAUGCAGUUGCAGAAGGCAGUAAUUGACUGUACUGUUCUGAUCCUCUCCCCACUCCACCCAUAAUAACUGUAGCUAUUAAAGAGGGAGGGGACAUCACUCAAAGAUUUGCUGUCUUAGCUUUGCUGCACACUCACAUGGCGUUUGGCUAGUGGGAAAAUCUCAGGACCUGCUCCUCCGACACUAAAGACACGUCUACGCAGCAUUUUGGAGCCCAUGGGAGCGAUCCGCCCUGCCUGGGUUGAUGGACUGAGGCGAGCAGGGCUUGUCUAGCACUCUAAAAAUAGCCCUGGUGGAGUUCAGGGUCUGAGCUCUAGCCCAAGCUGCAACUUCAAAGUGCUGUCUACACAGCUACUUUUAGAGCGCCACCAAGCCCAAGACUGUUGUCCCAGGCUGGGAGGCUCGCUGCCGUAGGCUCCAAAACACUGUGCAGGUGUACCCUUCAAGUCCGAUCCUGCAUUUCCUGUCCUCAGAACUCCUGCUGAUUUUAAAGGGCACAAGAAUUGUAGGGUUGGGCCCUAGGGGGUGAACUGCAAAGCUUUUGUUUGUUCUUAACGCUACUUGAGAUCCCAGAUUAGUAACUAAAUCAAGGUGCAGAUGUGUCGAUGCCAAGUUAAUUUAAUCUGGAAGCCAAAUUGUUGGCAAAUAUGCUCCUCUGUCACUUAACAGUCCAAGACCUCUGGUUCUGCAUUCAGCUGUCUCUCUGUAACAGCGGCUACAUCACCUAAUUCCUAAAAUCAAGCCAUUCCCCUGCAUUUAAACCUUACCUUUAAAACCUGUACAACUACAUAUUGAAGUCUGUACAGUUCUUCUUCGACUUCUAUUCGUAAAACUUUUCCUUUUUCUCCACCAAAAAGCUUUGAAGUUCACCUUUAAAAUGUAUGUUCACAACUGUUUAAACUUACACAAUUGUCUUUAGAUUAUGCUGCUAUUCCUAGGCCUUUUCACUAUGUCUUAUUUUCCAUCAUAUGUGGUCUUCACUAAUUGUAUCAUAUUGUACAUUACUCCAUUUUUUAUCAGAGAUGUAGUAUUCUGACUACAGUAUUUCCAAUUGUGUACAUAAACCUGAAUAAGCACAAAUGAAAUCCAUGAACGAAGUGUAUACGUUUCAUAAACCGAUUGUCGUACGAAUGAAUGUUAUAAUUAUUCCAAUUGUGUUGUAGAUUUCCAAUCUCUCCUAUUUAUUUUGUACCUGAUUUAUUUGUAUAUUUUGUGAUUUUGUUUAAAAACAUUUUGUUUAUUUCUGCUCUUUUUAGAUAAAUGAUGAUUUUUCUGUUGAA